AUGUUUUCGUUUUUUCAUAUUGACAUUCUAUCAAUUACACUCCUCCUCGUAAUAGCCUAUGUUUCACGCUAUUAUUAUAAGUACUUCACCCGCGAGAGCCCUCUGCCGGGUCCUUUUCCCCUGCCGUUCAUCGGAAAUUUCUUUACGAUCAUUCGUGACAUCUCUGUCUGGCCUUCGGAAUUGCAAUCUAAAUACGGGGACAUAUUCGAGGUUUACGUAGGCUCUAAGCGUAAAGUAUGGCUUUGCAAUGAGGAAUUAACAGAAAAAAUUUUUAGUUUCGUUCCUCGUGGUAAUUUUCAUAAUCGUGUCGAUAAAAAUUCUGAUCUCCAAGAAAUUGGAAUAGUUAAUACGGGACUGGCAAUGAAUAUAGAUUAUGAUAAUUGGUUAUACAUCCAGAAAUUUUAUUUAAAGGCCAUUUUUUCGCGGUCCUUCAUGAAACAAUCAUUCGUUUGUGCGCAAGCUUCAUUCCAAAAGAUGGAAAACUAUUGGAUGAUGCUUGGUGAAGGCACUGUGCUGGAUCUUUCUCAAUGGAUGAAAAGUUACAUAAGAGAUACCAUUGACCUUCUUACUAUAAGUAAAUCUUCUGAUACAUUAACUAGUUAUUAUAAAGAGAUAUCAAGUGACAAAAACACGGGAGUUUCUGAUAAAGAUAAUGAAUAUAUUCAGAAAUGUGGUACGCAAUUUCCAAAUGCUCUAUUAUGGUUCCGCAGUGUUCCAAAGUUCAUCAGAGAUUUCCCCGGCAUCAACUUGUACACAACAAGAUUAAAGAAGCAGAUGGAGUAUUUAAGGAAUCAUUUUCUUAAAAUUGUCAACGCUCGGAGGGAGGAGAUUGAAAAAACUCCUGAAGACAAACAGUUGACUCCAGACCUCUUAACAAUGUUUUUAACAGCUAACACAUCACGUGAUAUUAAUAAGGAUGAAAAUAACAAUCGACCAAUGCUUGAUGAAGAGAUUGCCCCAAAUUUUAUGGAAAUUUCGUUGGCCGCACUUGUCACGACAUCGGAAGCUUUGUUUCAUUUACUUUACUUGACAUCUAAAUAUCCUAAAGUGAAACAACGAUUGAUUCAGGAAUUCAAAGAAGUAUUUCCUGACUCUCAUAUCACUUACGAAGGUAUUAACAAGCUGGUUUACUGCGAUGCUGUCUUGAAAGAAGCUUUUAGAAUAUCGCCCACUGCACAAUAUGUUGCCAAGAGAAACGAAGAACCUGAUCAGAUCGGUGGCUACACAUUUCCGGCAAACACCGGUUUCUUUGUGUUCAUCGAAGCACUUAAUAAACAGAAAUCAAAAUGGACCGAUCCCGAGCUAUUCAAUCCUGAUAGAUUUAUGGACGAAUCUCAUCCCGAUUAUAGAAAUAAAAUUUAUAAUUUUGGGGAAGGAUUGAGAAAAUGUCCCGGAAGGAAUUUAGGAAAACUUUUACUAAAGACUACGCUUGUUAUGCUUUACCAAAAAUACGAUCUUGAGUUUGUCAACACGGAAAAUCCUUUGAAGUUUACUAAAUUUCUAUUUAAAAGAUGCGUUGGAUUUGAG